AUGCACUCCGCGCUGGUGCGCCUGCAGAAUGUCUUCGGCUUCUUCACAACCGUCGCCUUAACCGUGGCCGCGGUGAUAGCGCUGAGCAGCUUCGUGGCGCCGCAGAGCCCCCAUGCAUCGAUAGCGAUGCGCAAUGUGCAGGUCGUCAAGGGCCGGCCGCACUACUACAGCUACAAGAAGGAGGAGUACGCGCACAUCAAGUUUGAUCUCGACGCCGACCUCAGCACGCUCUUCACGUGGAACACGAAGCAAGUGUUCCUGUACCUGAAGGCCGUGUACCCCUCCCCCCGCGCCGGCGAGCCCUCGUCCGAAGCGAUCAUCUGGGACGCCAUCGUGGCCUCGUCCUCGGCCCCCUGGCACCAAAACCACUACAUGCACCCCUCGCCCAAAUCAAACUCCAAAUCCAAAUCCGCACUCCCCAAGAAAUCAAAAAAGGCCAUCCUCGCCGAGAAGAAGAAUCCCGCCUCCCCGUACCCGGUCGGCGAACUGCACCUCAGCAACCAGCGCCCCAAGUACCAGAUCACGGACCUGACGGGCAAGCUGCAGAACCGCGACAACGUGACGCUGGAGCUGGGGUGGAACGUGCAGCCGUGGGUCGGGGCGCUGACGUGGACCAACUGGCAGACGGUGGGCGUGUGGAAGGGGUUGGAGGGGGGUCGGAGCGAGAGCUUUACCUUUCCCGAGAUUGGGGCCAAGAAGGUCGAUAAGAAGCAGCUGGAGACGGAGAAGGGCGCCGAGGGGUAUAGGCUGGAGGUGGGUGGGGAGGCGCCGCGGAGGAAGGUGGUGCAGUAG